UCCUAAUGGACUGGUCCAGAAAUUAAUUAAUCAAAACUCCGAAUGCUCUGAAUUAGCAAGCUCUGUUUAAAUGAUUUCCCUCUCGUAUCCCACUUUACCACUCCCUAUGUGGAAUUUUGACCCCAUAUGUGCAAUUUCACAGGAGAUCAACAUUUUACGUGCAUUUGUGAAAUAUUUUUAAUUGUGGCAGCAUAAAGUGUAUGUAUAAAGUGUAUUUUUGGUUUCUUUGAAGGGGAGAUUAUACUGACUCACCAAAAAAAAGUAUUGUUCUGCUUCAAUUUAUUAGAGCCAACAAUUUAUUUUACAUCUGGAACACGUAUGAAAAAUUGUUUCCAGUUAACUAUUUUGAAGAAAAAUUGCUGAUGAUUGGAGAUUUUCUAGUACGGAUGAAGCUAUAUAAAUUGGCCGUGUGGCAGUGUUAUGGACGAUACCUGCAGCAAUUCGGUUCCUUCAGAAUUGAAGACAUCGCAGACAUAAAUGAGUUUAAAACCGUAUUCUUUGGAAAUGGAAUUGAUGUGGAAAAUUCUAGUUUUACGUUUCAUGCGUUGCAAAUGAACUGCGUUUGCCGUUACCAAAUGGUGAAGAAAGUUGACCCAAAACUGCUGAAUCUGGAGUCAAAGAGGAAGUGCAUGAGUAUUCUUAAAUUUCUUCGAUUCAUUAUGCAAGUUGCCUUGCCCAAAGAACACCUUUUCUGGCUCAUUUUCAACGGUACAACUUAUAUUUACACCAUCUGCAGACAUUUUAUGGUUUUAGCACUCUAUGCUCAGGCCUUUGAGUACGUAUUGUGGGCCUGCAUCUGCAUGGAGUCAUCUGCCCCGCUUUUAACAGUUCGCUAUCUAAGGUGGAGAGCCACACUUUAUACAACUGUGUGUCAGUGCUACUAUGACUGUGGGUCUGCUAUACUUGGAGAGACAUUUGCUCGCCGUGCUUUAGGGAAGAUCAGUGAAUUAAGCCAUCUGGAAAUUAUUAACUCACCUCCUCAAAGUCCUGACACAAGACAAGCCUUUAGGGAGGCAACUGUCAAGGUAUCUUUAAUGAUCUUUAAAAGAGCAGUUUUUGAAAGUAGAAGAAAACCAAAAGGAUAUUUCCGGCCUAAAACAAAAACUAACUACAAAGAAAACCAAAAUCAACCCUGGCCCCACAAUGCCACUGAAUGUCUGUUGGUAGAAAUGUUUAAAGGCAGUGCAGCCCAAUUCCUUGCUAUUUCAGAGACUUUAUCCGGUGGUAAUCAACGUAUUCUGCAGACCAAGCCCCCUGUUCCAGCUGAGCAGGAAGUAUUUGAUGUGACAAUGGAACUUUUCCUGGCAGGCUUGCUACUCCUUUCAGGUGGUGGUGGAAAUACCCAACUUAAUUCCGCUGCAUGCACUGAUCCAGUUGGUGGAAUAAAGCUAUCAAGUUCCCUCAUAGAGCUUGCUGCUGCUGGUAAGAUGUGCUGUCCUGAACUUGUUAUCCUUGUCUUUUUGACAAAGAGUUUGCAAAGAGAAAUGUCACAUGAAAACUGA